AUGACCGUUGAACAGAAAAAGGAUAAGAAGUUGAAAGUAACACAGUUAUGUGAGUUAUGUCAUGGGCGUAAGGCGGUGAUGAAGAGACCUAAAAACCUCCAGAAGCUAUGUAAAGAGUGUUUUUUCCUUGUGUUUGAAACCGAAAUCCACAACACCAUAACGGAUGCAAAACUUUUCUACAAGGGUGAAACAGUGGCUCUUGGAGCUUCUGGUGGCAAGGAUUCCACUGUUCUAGCCAGUGUAAUGAAGACAUUGAAUGAGCGUUAUGACUAUGGGCUUCAUUUGGUGCUAUUGUCUAUUGAUGAAGGUAUCAAAGGCUACAGGGAUGACUCUUUGGCUACAGUGAAAAGAAACCAGGCACAAUACGAGAUGCCGCUAGAGAUUGUAUCGUAUAAAGAGCUUUAUGACUGGACUAUGGACGAGAUUGUUGCAUGCUCAGGAAUGAGAAACUCGUGUACUUAUUGUGGAGUUUUAAGACGUCAAGCCUUGGAUAGAGGUGCUGCGAAGUUGGGUAUAAAUCAUGUAUUAACAGGACAUAAUGCUGAUGAUAUGGCAGAAACAGUGUUAAUGAACGUGCUCAGAGGAGACUCCAAAAGACUAGACAAGUCUUGUACUAUCAAGACCGAAUCUGCCGAUUCUCCUAUCAAAAGAUCCAAACCUUUCAAGUACACCUACCAGAAGGAAAUUGUUUUGUAUGCCCAUUACAAGAAAUUGGAUUAUUUUUCUACCGAGUGUACGUAUGCCCCCGAAUCAUUCCGAGGCACCACCAGAGAACUUUUAAAGGCAUUGGAAUCAAUCAGACCUUCUUGUAUUAUGGACCUCAUUUACAGUGGAGAGCAUUUUGAGUUGAGAAAGAAACAGGUGACCACCACAUACAAAAAUAAUAAGAAGAAGUUGCCCGAGCAAGAAGUCAACCCUGACGGGUCCGUGCUGUUAAAGAAGACGCCCGCUCCAGGGGAAGCACGGAAAUGUGAUAAGUGUGGAUAUCUUUCUUCCAACAAAAUCUGCAAAGCAUGCUUCUUAUUGGGGGGAUUGGAGGCCAACCGGGCAAAAGUCACCCUCGACAAUAAUACAUACAUUGAUGGUGCUGCCAAGCUAACCAAGACGCUUGAACACCUAUCAUUCUAA